AUGUCUUGGGCAGGAUUUAAGAAGAAUGUCAACCGCGCGACCACGCAGGUUAUGAUGAAGACCGGUCAUGUGGAGAGAACCAAUGACCGGGAUUAUGAAAUUGAGGAACGUCGCUACCGGACCAUGGAAGCGGCCUCCAAUCGGCUGCAGAAAGAAGCAAAGGGAUACCUGGACUCUCUGCGAGCCAUGACUGCGUCGCAGAUGCGCAUUGCAGAGACCAUCGAUGCCUUCUACGGUGACGCUGGUACCACGGAUGGCGUGAGCCGAAGCUACAAGCAAGCUGUGGAGGAUCUUGAUGCCGAGACCAUCAAGGCCCUGGAUGGUCCAUACCGAGCCACCGUCCUCGACCCUAUUUCCCGCUUCUGCGCCUAUUUCCCCGACGUCAACGAAUGCAUCAAGAAGCGCAACCACAAACUUCUCGAUUAUGACUCUAUGCGCGCCAAGGUCAAGAAGCUGGUCGAGAAGCCUGAUAAGGACGCUACCAAGCUGCCGCGUACUGAGCGUGAGACCGAAAUCGCUAAGCAGGCUUACGAGCAGCUGAACGAGCAGCUUUUCACUGAGCUGCCUCAGCUCAUCGAUCUCCGUGUUCCUUACCUGGAUCCUAGCUUCGAGGCUCUCGUUAAGAUUCAGCUGCGCUUCUGCGCUGAAGCCUACUCCCGCAUGGCACAGGUCCAGCAGUACCUGGAUGCCGAGACUCGUGACCAAUAUGCCCGUGGUGAUCUUGAUAAUCGGGUUGAGGAGGUGUUACAGGAGAUUCGGGAUCUCAGCAUUGCUGGCACUGUCUAG